UGCAUUUAUGCUUCUUAAAAUGGAAAACUGUGCUACUUAACUUUUUACCUGAUGUGACUAGCUUCCUACUUAUCAGUUUUUGCCUUGUUAAUAACUAGAAAACCUUUAUGCUAGUAUAUAGUAGGAUUAUUAAUUAGCUCUUGUUAGUUGGUAUUGUUGUUGUACAAGCGGGGGCCUCUCUCCUAGAGAUAUAAUUCUAGGUGCAGGUUCAUCAUAGUUUUAGUGCAAAUAUUUGCAUCAGAUGGAUGCAUGGAGUGUUCCUUUCUUCCUUAUAAAGCUAGCCUACUAUAUUGAAAUUGACACACUUUUGCAUGCAUGAUGAUGCAAAUUGUAGGCACGCCGAGGCUGCUGGCGGAUGCUUCUUCAGGGGCAAAGAAGAAAUCUUCAAGAAGAAGGUGCCCGAAGCUGAUGCCGCGGCAAGUGACUGAUGUUUACAUGUUGGGUCACGAUGAAAAUCAUUUGUUGUUGCAGAAAGUUAUAGGAGCAACAUUCCUGAUGGCGACGGGUACGUGAUGAAGUUCAUAAACAUAUGAUAAGAACUGAGAACUCAGAGAACUUCAAGGACAAGAUCAAUGUGGUGACCAGUGUUAUGGCGGCUGUGUAUGGUGGUGACCCCAGCCGCAGGACUCCCCAGGCCAUCUGCAUCUGCCCUACCAGGGAGAUUGCGCAGCAGGUGUUGAUGCAGGCAGAUAUGUUCCUGACCAAGCUGACCAGCAUGUGCAAGAGGAGCACGGAGAAGGGCUCUAUGUGGGUCACCAUGAAGCGAUGUGAGAGACCCCCUACCCUUACAGCUGGUUUGUGUGGUGUGGGUUGUAGAUUUGAUGGGUUCAACAACUCUGAUGUGAUGAGUUGUUCGAUGUGCGCAGUGUCAAUGAAGUGUCAGGCUAGGUUGAAGAAGAUGACGAGUAAGGGGGAGCCUGUUGAGUACCGGUGCCUGGUCUGCGCCACCGAUGGCAAGAGGAACAUCUCCACCUCGGUGUUAUUCACUUUCUCUCUGCUGCUGGUUCGGCAUUAUGUCUGCUGGAUGUGUUUUGCCUUAAUUCUGUGCCUGAUGGUAAUCAGGUUGCCGUUAUUUAGCCCCCUUGUGUGCUAUGAUUUGAAUUAUAGAUCAAACAUUUGCAUAUUUCCUUCGUGUAUCUGCUGUAUGAACUGAAACAACUCCAGUUUGCACACAUGCUAAAUAGAAUUUUUGUUGGUUGUUACUUCCAAUUGAGGACUGUUUGUUGGUGUUGAGAAAUCGAUAGGUAGGUUGGUAAAUAUAAUGGAAGAACUUAUAUUAGAUUUUCGUUGGUUUCAGAAUGUCUGUUUCAUGGUCUUUUCUGAUAAUGGAAGAACUUAUAUUAAUCUGUUGGUUGUUGGUUUCUAUGUACUCCCUCCUUAAUUCAAAGCCAACACACUUAUUUUUGAUCGGAGGGAGUACAUGCUUGUAAUAGCCUUGAACUAGUAAGAACAUUUUAGUCACUCCAUGCUAGUUAGUGUUAGUCACUCCAUGAACACAUACUGGUUAGUGUUAGUCAUACUAUUUAUGUACAUCUCAUUUGCUGUCAAUUCUUGCUUAUAAGUUAUUGGAUCCCUCAUUGGCUACUGUUUGAUGUUCUGUACAGAUUCUUAUUCUUAUAUGUUCAUUCUUGUUUUUUGCACAGGUGAAGUGCAAAUCCAAGUUUGAAGCUGUGAAGCAUAUCAACAAAGACUAGCAUAU